AUGAAGGAGAGGGAGGCCCCCGAUGCACACUUCACAGUGGACAAGCAGAACGUCUCCCUCUGGCCUCCAGAGCCUCCUCCCAAGCAUGAUCAGUCUCCAGUCCUAAGGAAACCUCUCAGCCUCCGUGUGGCCUUCAUCUGUCUGGCAUUGGUGCUGGUCACCUCUAUUGUGCUUCAAGCUAUUUUCUAUCCCAGGUUGAUGGAAAAAAUAUUGGAUAUGAAGAGUGAUGCUGAGAUGUUGAGAGGUCGUGUGGACAAUAUCAGCACCCUGGGUUCUGUUCUUGAGAAGGACAGAGGCCGUGUGGAGAAGGCUGAAGUUCAGAUGCACACACUGAACACCAGCCUCACCCGAGUGCGUUCUCGGAUCUUGUCUUUGAGGAUCAGCAUGGCACAAGCCAGUGCUCAGAUUAGUGCGUUAACAAGAAGAUGGGAGGAGGUUGAUAAUGUCAGUUCCAAAUUCCCAGAACUGCAAAGAGAUCUGGAUAAAGCCAGCACCUUGAAUGCAAGGGUCCGAGGAUUGCAGAGCAGCUUGGAGAAUGUCAACAAAGUACUCCAAAGACAGAGUGACAUUCUGGAGAUGAUGUCUCGAGGCUGGAAGUACUUCGGGGGGAACUUCUAUUACUUUUCACACGCCCCAAAGUCCUGGUACAGCGCAGAACAAUUCUGCAUUUCUAAGGAAGCUCAUCUGACCUCAGUGACCUCAGAAUCAGAGCAAGAGUUUCUCUACAAGGCAGCAAAUGGGCUUCCACUCUGGAUUGGUCUCACCAAGGCAGGGAAUGAAGGGGACUGGUACUGGGUGGAUGAAACAUCAUUUAACAUGAAGCAAAGUGAGAGGUUCUGGAUUCCAGGUGAACCCAACAAUACUGGGAACAAUGAACAUUGUGGCAAUAUAAAGUCGUCCUCCCUCCGGGCCUGGAAUGAUGCCCCCUGUGACAACAGGUUCCUUUUCGUCUGUAAGCGACCCGGUAUCCAGGCAGUCCCAUGACAGGCCUGGCCCUGAGCUCAGCAUUUGUGUUCCAACAGCAAUCCCGCUUGAGGAGAUGCCUCUCUCUUUCACACUCCAUGACUGCUCUGCACCUUGAGUUUUUCUUGCUUGAAAAUGUCCCAAACAUAUCAUGGAAUCCCUCUGUCUUGGCUGGGAACUCUGUCCCUGGAAGGCCUUGGGUGGGGGAGGGAUUAAAUGGGCUAGGACAUGGAGAAGAUGUAGAUAUUCCUGCUGCCCAGGUGAGGCAGGUGAGUAUCCCGACAUCUGUAGAACAUUUUGUUUGGGUUUUCCUGAUCCUUCUAAGAAGCCUUGGCUGACCAUAUAUAAAAGCUACAUUGAAACAUGACCAGUGUUUGAGGACACAGACAUGUUUAGCCCAAUUUAAACACUAUACACUUUAUACAUGCA